AUGGAUGCUCUCAUAGCCACGGAACUCGCCAAACUAGACCCCUCGGUCCCCUUUCGAGCGACCAAGUCACACCUCCAUUACACCUGGGCGAAAACGUUCUAUUCUCGACCGGAACUUUACAUCCAGCCCGAGUCAGUUGCCGAAAUCGAAAAGGUAGUCACUCUUGCGCGCAGAUGCCGUCGACGUAUUGUGACCGUUGGCAGUGGUCACUCGCCUUCCGAUCUAACCUGCACAUCAUCAUGGGUAGUCAACCUGGACAAUUACCGUCGAGUUCUCUCGUUUUCGCGUGAUACGGCUAUCGUCACGGUCGAGUCGGGUAUACGGCUAAGACAGCUUGGCAUUGAGCUAGAGAAGAACGGUUUGAUGCUUCCUAAUCUCGGUAGUAUUGACGACCAGUCUGUGGCAGGUGUGAUUUCAACCGGAACACAUGGCAGCUCACUCAAGUAUGGCUUGCUAUCCGAACGCGUGUUGGGAUUAUCGAUAAUGCUUGCGAAUGGCCAGGUUGUCCGAUGUAGCGAGGCGACCAAUCCCUCUUUGUUUCGUGCUGCACUGCUGUCUCUCGGAGCGAUUGGUAUCAUCACGGAGAUGACCUUGCAGGCUGUACCUACUUUCAAUAUCGCCUGGCAGCAGUCCCUGAAGACAUUGCCACAGGUAUUGGAUACGUGGGACUCCGGAUUAUGGACCUCUACGGAGUACGUGAGGGUGUGGUGGAUGCCUUAUAUGAAGCGCGCGAUUGUCUGGCGUGCGGACAAGACCGACCUACCAACGCAUGAUCCCCCUGCCAGCUGGUAUGGUGGAGCUCUUGGCUACUUUGUCUACCAUAACCUAUUGUAUCUCUCCAACUACGUUCCCAGGAUCCUACCGUGGGUUGAGUGGUUUGUAUUUGGCAUGCAGUAUGGCUUUACGCCCGGAAAGACUGUUACUGAGGCAGUUCAGCCAGCUCGCACUGGCUUGUUGAUGGAUUGCCUGUAUUCUCAAUUCGUCAACGAAUGGGCAAUUCCACUGGAAAAGGGUCCAGAGGCCAUUACCCGACUGUCCGCCUGGUUCCAUGGUGACCAAGAGACUGCACGCAUACCGUUUAGCUCUGAGUCUGUAUGGGUGCAUUGUCCCAUAGAAGUACGUGUCUCCGAUACUUCAAUUUCGAAGACUCCCCGCCCUUACCUAGACUCCACAUGCCAUGACGGCCCUACCCUCUUCCUGAACGCUACUCUUUAUCGGCCUUACCUUCGUGAUCCUCCUUGCAGGGAACGGUACUAUGAGGCAUUUGAAUGGCUUAUGCGGGACCUAGGCGGGAAACCACAUUGGGCUAAAAACUUUGGAGAGGACCUUGGGUAUGAGGCACUUCGGGGAAUGUACGGAGACAAUUUGGAUAAGUGGCUUCAAGCCAGAAAUGAGGCUGAUCCUGAUGGAAUGUUUCUGGGUGCGUGGCACAGGAGGCACCUGCUGCCCUCCUCUACUGCUGCACCGCAAUCACCUGGUCAGACUUUAGCCUUUGAAGAACAGCUAAAAGAGCAACGGGCAUUAGGUGUGCCCGGAUCCGGGGAUGGCAUUGAGUGGAUUGGCACCAUCCCUGGCCCUACCCCACACGGCAAUAGGGAUCUAGAUGAUGCUGCGACUGCACCCGAUGGCCAUCCAAGCCCGCCGACAACUUCUGCAAGUGAGGAAAGUUUUGACCACCUUGCGAAGGGGGAAGCAAGCAUGACGCUGCCAUAG